GAGUGAAAAGAUACGAGCACAGCCUGCGAGAGAGACUGUACGGCGAACGUGGACAUGUACAUUCCCCGUACAGUGAGCGAGGCAAAUAUCCCCAUUUUGUGUGAUUGAUUAAAUGCUUAAAGGGAAGUACAAGGAAGGAGCGCCCCCCCCUUCGCCCGCCCCCCUCCUUGCUCAAGUGUGAGUCGAGGAGCUUGGCAGGUGUUCACUCGCGAGGGAGCUAGCUGGUCGCCUCACUCAGUCUGCGCCCUGAGCUUCAACAGGGUGCCGGCCGGCGGGGCCACGGAAAAGAAGACUCAACUUCGAGGAACGCAACCCCCGACAGCUUGACGGAACCCUGGAAGACGUUUGUCUAGCGGCGACAAGUCCGCGGACUACAGUGGAGGACCGGGUACACGUCCGGCUACGACGACGGCGGAGGGCACCAGCUUGACGCUUCAAGCAGUGGAAGAGCACGGAUUCCCGAAGCUAGUUCCUUCCCCCGCUGUAAAAACAACUUUUUCAACAAAGUCCUCUUCUUUAUUGCGUCUCCAAAAGGCCAACAACCUACAAACUGUGAAUCAAAGACCUCAAAGCUAGGUAUUUAAGCGGUCGAUUUUGGUUUUAUGCUGAACCUGUUGUGCCACCGAUGGUGCCCUCCCGCGCUGAUCCGAGUCAGGCGACCCCAUCUUCGGGGAGAGUGAACCGUCACGCUACCAACAGCUGCUCGCUAACGAGUUGGGAGUACAAACUACCCGGUUAGUGCUAUUCACGAAUCUCUACACUUUGAGCAUUUGAUUAAAAACCGAAAAAAAAAUUACGGAAUUUGAUCCCGGGAGAGAGGCUCCAUUCGGGAAAAAAAAUUGUCGUCUUUAUUAUCGCUGGUCACAACGGCGAAGUCAUCCGCGGGACAAAUUAACCAAGCGUUGGACGAAGUGGGAUUGGAGGUCAAUAGCUGACGCGAGGUGCACCGGCCGGGCGAUGGAACACGCGGACUCGGCACAGCACGUCCACAUCGCCGGGUGAUCCAGCCGUGAAGUCGCGCUGUCCUGGUAGGCUUCCGAGUCUCGACUCCCAGCUGACUUUUUGAACACCGACGCCGAGUGAAGUCACCAAGCCCAGAGCGGUACCAGAACCUCCGGACCUGGAAAUUUUCUUUUCCUUUACCUGGAGUGGACCGUGUUGCCCGAGGCUCCCGUAUGUUGGGAUCUUGUCCGUUCGGAGGCUACACGGAGGUCGUGCAAAGAUUCUCCCCGGGGAGUGUGAGGAUGAUGCUGAGAAGCAGGCGGUCGCCUCUCCUGCUCCUGCUGCUCCUUCUCGGCAGCAGCUGCCACAUGUUGCACGGCCAAGUUCUCAGUAUAACGUCAGAGCUGCUGUCUGAUCUCCUUUGGCCUCGCAACCCAGCAGGACGCCAAACAUUACAACAUCUUGCAGUGGAUGUGGCACCCUACCUGCGAGGGGUUGGCCUUGGGCAACAGGUGGUGCUGGAGGGAAACAGACUGGUGCUGACCUGCUUGGCGGGAGGCAGCUGGCCAUUGCAGUACCGCUGGUCUCUCAACGGCAGCAACAUCUCCGACUGGACGUCGCAGUACAGGUUGUUUGUACCGUCACUGCAGAGAACUGACGCCGGUCUGUAUCAAUGUGCAGUGAGGAACAGGAUGGGCGCCAUCAUACACGAGAGAACAGAGGUGCAAGUGGCCUUUAUGGGAAGGUUCUCUGGCAAUGAGCAGAGAACGACAGCGAUCCAGGGCCAGGCUGCCAUCCUCAGCCCGCCGCCUCUGGCAUCAUUCCCUCAACCAUUGGUCACUUGGUACAAAGACGGACACAAGAUUAUUCCCAAUGACCGAAUCGCCAUUGCCUUGGAUAAUCAGCUGGUCGUCCUGGCAACGACUGCCGCAGAUGCGGGACGGUACCACGUGGACGCCGUGAACGAGAUGACGGGCGAUAACGUGACGAGUCCUGCCAUCGACUUGAGCAUCUCGGAUUCGGACUCAGAAGUUGGUGCUCCCGUCAUUGUGAUGGGACCUAAAAACACAACAGUGAUUGCAGGCACCACGGCCACCUUGGAGUGCAUCGCUAAUGCCAGAGAUGUGGAGAACCUCCUGGUGGCGUGGAAACGCGACGGACACCGCUUGGCCACCGGGCGCCGGCUGGCCAUCCCCGCCGCGGCCUCUUCGGACGGCGGCGCGUAUGUCUGCGAAGCGCUGCUGGGCAACGGCACCGCCAAGGCCGCGGAGGCCGGGGCGUACCUCGCUGUGAUUGAGCCACCUUCUCUGUCCAAUCAGCCUGAGCGGAAGAUCUUUGGCCAGCUUGACAAAAAUGUGGACAUCCCCUGCAUGGCCACGGGCGUGCCCCCGCCCAAGAUGGAGUGGUACAAGGACGCCGUGCCUCUGUCCAAGCUGGCCAACCCUCGCUACAAGGUCACCAGUGCAGGGGGUCUGACGGUGCGCCGACUGCAGCCGGGAGACGGCGGCAUAUUCCAGUGCUUCGCCCGCAACGCCGGCGGAGAGGCGCAAGCCCACGCGCAGCUCCUCGUCUCCAAUGCGCCUCCCACCUUCACCGCGCGCCCAUCCGACAAAACCGUAACUGAAGGCAACGCCGCUUUGUUUCUUUGCCAGACGAGCGGCGCCCCAAAGCCUGCCGUCACUUGGAAGAAAGGAUCGCAGGUGUUAGCAAGCGGUUCCGUGCAGGUUCCCAGGUUCGCUCUCUUGCAGUCGGGAAGCCUGCAGGUCCACCCGGUCAGCUUCCAAGAUUCGGGAGACUACACCUGCAUCGCUUCCAACUCGGAGAGGACCAUCAACGCCACGGCAACGCUCACUGUCUGGAGUCGCACCGUCAUCUCUGUGCCCCCAUCCGACCUGCGUGUCAUCAAAGGCACCACGGCUUUUUUGGCCUGCAACGCUACCCAUGACCCCAGAGUCGAUGUCAGUUUCAAGUGGGAUCGAGGCGGCCUGCCCGUCCUGACCAUCGGCGGGGGGCGCGUCUCCGUGCGCCGGGGCUCCCUCACCAUCGCCCAGACGUGGUCGGGUGACAUCGGAGAUUACACCUGCACCGUCACCUCGAAGGCCGGCAACGAUUCCCGCUCGGCACGUCUGGAAGUCAUCGAGCUGCCGCACUCUCCCCGCUCCCUGGCGGCGCGCCUCAACGAUUCCGACUCGCGCUCGGUGCUGCUCUCCUGGCUGCGUCCGUUCGACGGCAAUUCUCCGCUCCUCUACUAUCUGCUGGAGCUCUCGGAGAACAACUCUCCGUGGAAGGUCUACCUGUCCGAGGUGGACCCCGCCGUGACCAAAAUGUCGGUGGGCGGACUCACGCCCGCCCGGACGUACCAGUUCCGACUUUGCGCUGUCAAUCAUGUGGGGCGGGGUCAGUACAGCGCAGAGACCCAGCGCUUGAUGCUGAGAGAGGAGGCACCGAGUGCCCCCCCCAAGAACAUCGUGGCCAGCGGGCGGACGAACCAGUCCAUCAUGGUCCAGUGGCAGCCUCCUCCAGAACCACAGCUCAACGGAGUCCUCCGAGGAUACAUGCUCAGGUACCGCCUAGCGGGGCUUCCAGGCGACUACCAGGAGAAGAACAUCAGCAGCCCGGAGACCAACUACUGUUUGCUGAAGGAGCUGAUCAUCUGGACACAGUACCAGAUCCAAGUGGCCGCCUACACUGGCGCCGGCCUGGGCGUCUACAGCAGUCCCGUAACCGAAUACACCCUGCAAGGAGUUCCCACAGCUCCGCCGCAGGAAGUGGAAGUGGUGGCCCUCAACUCCACCACCAUCCGCUUCACGUGGGACCCCCCGCCUCAGCAGUUCAUCAACGGCAUCAACCAGGGAUACAAGCUUCUGGUCUGGCCGGAGCAGGCUCCGGAGGACGUCACGGUGGUGACCAUCACCCCGGACUACCCCAGCUCACGCCACACGGGCCUGGUCGGCGGAUUGAGGAAGUUCACCUGGUACUUCGGCUCGAUCCUGUGUUUUACAACACCCGGAGACGGGCCACGCAGCCCGCCCGCCAUGCUGCAAACGCAUGAGGACACACCUGGACCCGUCCGUCAACUGAGCUUCACCAAAAUCUUGGACACGUCCGUGCAAGUCAGCUGGGCGGAGCCUGAAGAAAAGAAUGGCAUUAUUACGGGGUACGCGCUGUGGUGGGAGGUGUUCGGCGUGCAGUCCCGGCGUGAGGAGCGAACCCUGUCCAACUCCACGCUGCGCUACCAGCUCACGGGCCUGACCUCCACCACCACGUACAGGCUGAAGGUGGCUGCGCUCACCGCUGCCGGGCGCGGUGUGGUCACGUCCGCCAACAUCUCCACGGGUGUCCCUCCAGAACUUCCCGGCGCACCCUCCAACUUGGUCAUCUCCAACAUCAGCCCUCGGACCGUGACCGUGCGCUUCCGGCCCGGCGCCGACGGGAAGACCGCCAUUUCGCGAUGGAUCGUCGAAGGCCAGGUAGUAAAGAAGGAUGGCACCGAGGACGCGUGGAGGGUUGUUUACCAGCUGGAAAACCAGGCGGGCGCUAACAGCCUGGAGAUCCCCGACCUCACUCCCUUCACUCAGUACAGAUUUCGGCUGCAGCAGGUGAACAUCGUGGGGUCCAGUCCCCUGAGCGGCCCCUCCAGGCUGAUCCAAACCUUACAGGCGGCCCCUGACACCCACCCGUCCAACCUCACCGUGCUGUCUCCUACGCAGACGGGCCUCCGCUUCAGGUGGAAGCCUCUACCCCCGUCCGAGUACAACGGCAGCCCGGAGACGGUAGGCUACCGGCUUCGCGUGCGCAGGACGGACGGUCUGGCGGAGGAUCGGACCGUGGAGGUAGAGGGGGCUGCAGGCGAGGUCUCCGUAGAGGGCCUGGACCCGUGGACCCACUACCGGACUCGAAUACAGGCCUACAACUCCAUUGGACCUGGCCCGUGGAGCGACGCUGUCUCCGCACGCACGGCUGAAUCUGUCCCGUCAGGAUCUCCUGUCAAUGUGACUGCUGAUGCCGUGAGUUCGUCCAAAAUUCUGCUCAUGUGGUCUGCCGUCCCUCAGGCGAGGCGGAAUGGGGCCAUCCUUGGAUACAAGGUGUUGUACGCCGAGAAGGACUCGGAACGUCCCCCCAGCGUUCUUCUGGCGGAAGGCGAGAGGAACGCGUCGCUGCUUCUCGGCGCGCUGAGGAAGUACACGGUAUACGCGCUGCAGGUGUUGGCAUACACAAGGAUGGGUGAUGGACCCCCCAGCAGCGCCGUGCUACUGAGGACCAAAGAAGACGUCCCAGGACCGCCUGUCAGGGUGGUGUUUCCGGAGGUCCGCCUCUCGUCAGCCAAGCUAGUGUGGGAGCCUCCCACAAACCCCAACGGGAUCAUAUUAGGCUACCAGAUCGCCUACCGGCUGGAACGCAGGGACACUCAGCAGUGGACCACGGUGGAGGUGGGCUCCAACGGACGCCAGUUCACCGUCACGGGACUCACCCCAGAGCAGGCCUACGUGUUCCGGCUAGUGGCGCGCACCGCCGUGGGUUGGGGCCAGGAACACGUCGCCGUGGUGGUCACUACGGAGCGAAGAGAGCGUCCCCAGCCGCCGAGGAAGUUGUCAGUUCCUCAGGACGGCGUGGAAGCGCGCCGCCUUCGCCUUCACUGGGUGACGGGCGGCUCAGGCUCCUCCCCCGUGAGGUACUUGACCGUGCAGAUCAAAGAGCUGCCCGACGGCGAUUGGAUUACAAAUGCUGCGGACAUCCCGCACAACCUGACCACCUGGACCGUUGACAGAUUGAAGCCUUUCACCUCAUACAGGCUGCGGAUGGUGGCCACCAACGACAUAGGAAACAGCGUCCUCAGCAAGGAGACGGACGCGGUCACAACUUUACAAGAUGCUCCUGAUGAGCCUCCUGAGAUCAUCACAGUCAAACCUUCAACUACCACCUCCGUCCUGGUCCAGUGGAAGCGACCGAGCGACGAGCGCAUCAACGGCGUGCUGACGGGUUACCGGUUGUAUUACCGAGAGCUCCCGUCCAACUCGUCUUUCGCUGAUGAUCUGGUCCAGGGAGGCAAAGGCAUCACAGAUGCACACAUCACAACCAAGAGCACCUUCAAGACCGUCAGCAGCUCCUCUCUGACAGAGUUCGAGUUGACCCAGCUGAAGAAGUUCAAGCGCUACCAAAUAGUCAUGACGAGCUACAACAUCAUCGGCGAGAGUCCUCCCUCGGAACCCGUCGACGUGUCCGUCGGAGAGGCAGCGCCAUCCGUGGCUCCGCAGUCCAUCCGGGUGUCCGCCGCGUCUCCCUCCGGCCUGGAUGUGAGCUGGGACACGCCCCCCCUGGAGACCCAGAAUGGACUCAUCCAAGGAUACAAGGUGCACUACUGGCAGAAGGACAAACAGAACCAGACGGAGAAGGUGAAGGUGGUUUUCGUCCCGGACACCAACGUGCACCUGGGCAACCUGAGCAGCUACACGUCUUACCUGCUCACUCUCACCGCCUUCAACACGGCCGGAGACGGACCGCCCAGCGACCCUCGCGGGGCGCACACCCUGCAGUCGGCCCCCACCCAGCCCAGCCACCUCUCCUUCUCCGAAGUGACGGGAUGGAGCGCCAACGUCUCCUGGGGGGCUCCUUUAACUCCCAAUGGCCUGUUGGAGGGCUACCAGGUCAUCUACCGGCCCACCGCUCCGGUGCAAGGCGUCAGCAAAGUGGUGACGGUGGACGUGAAGGGCAGCUGGCAGCGCUGGCUGAAGGUUCGAGACCUGGUGAAAGGAGCCACGUACGCCUUCGCCGUCCGAGCCCUCACCGUCGGCUACGGCCCCCCCAUACGUGCGAAUCUCACUGCGGAGCCUGUGCAGGGCUCACCCGGGUCGCCCACGGAGAUCUCCAUCACCAAGGCGUCCUCCGCCCUCACCAUCCAUUGGACGCAGGGCGACAGCGGGGCGGCGCCCGUCAGCGGCUACGUGAUCGAGUCUCGUCCCUCAGACGAGGGCGUGUGGGACUCGUUCGUCCGACUGCUGUCCCCCGGCAGCCGGUCCGUGUCGGUCCCGCUGGAGCGCCUGCGACCCGGCAUCAGCUACGAGUUCCGGGUCAUCGCCGUCAACCGCUUUGGCUUCGGGCAGCCCAGCACGCCGUCCGCGGCGCUCGCAGCUUUGUCGGAGCGUCCGUUCUACGAGGAGUGGUGGUUCCUGCUGGUCGUGGCGCUGGUGGGCCUCAUCCUGGUGCUGAUCCUGGUCUUCACCCUGCUGCUGCACGGGCACAGCGGCAAGUACAAAGCCUGCGGCACGGGCAAACACACGUCGUCAGUGGAGGAGUCGGUCACCCUGGACAACGGCGGUUUCACCACCCUGGAGCUCAACAGCCGAGCGCUCAGCAACGCCAAGAACACCUUCCUGAAAAAGAACGGGACCAGGUCGCCUCCCAGACCGAGUCCGGGUGGUCUUCACUACUCGGACGAGGACAUCUGCAACAACUACAACGGAGCGGUUCUGACGGAGAGCACCACGCUGACUGAGAAACCCACCGAGGUCUCUGAGUCCGAGCUGACGGACAGCGACUACGAGGACGAGCAGCCCAAGCACUCCUUCGUCAACCACUACAUGAGCGACCCGACCUACUACAACUCGUGGAAGCGGCAGCCCAAAGGCCUCAAGCCGCUGGGCUCGCCGUUCAGCUACGAGGAGUGCGCCGCCGCCCCGGACCCGGAGCCGUACUACCAGACCGUGGUCACCCAGCACAGCGCGGGCGGCGUCUACACGCCCGCGGGGCAGCCGGCGCUCGCCCACGCCAACCCCAACACCAACCCGCCUGGCUCGCGCACGCCCGUGACUGGAUUCUCCUCCUUUGUGUGAGCCGGCACGUGCGCACGUUUGACACUAUGGAUGGGGAACUCGCGUCGGACUGGAAGGCGGAAGACUUGCAGGUGAAGGGGGGGGGGGGGGCUUGAACUUAGUGCCCAACCCCAAAAAAAGAAAUGAAGCAACAAACCAGUCCGCAAAGCUCUCCGGCUUUUUCAUUCUUGAGUGUCACUGUGCUCCUACAAAACACACACAUUAGCAUCCCUGUCCGAAUCGCCACUUCUACGCGGACGCUACAGAAACUCUUAAAUGAGAGAACUGAGCCGGUGGAAGAUGGAAAAAUCAGCACAAAAGAAGAAAAAAAAAAGAUUGUCUGUCGUCUGUAUUUACAUACACACGCACACGCUCCCGAAAUCCACACGCGCUCACCGUCUGACGGGACGAAAAAGCCACAGGAGCGAGAGGAGGGGAGGAGUUCCUGUGCACAAAUGCGGAGAAGACAGCUUUAAAACACAUUUUUUUUGGGGGGGGGGGGAGUGAUGUUCCAAAAUGUGUGUUUGUGUGUACUCUAGCACUUCUAAUCGAGUGCGAUUGUGCUUUCUGAGUAUAUGACAUGAAAACUAUUUUUUUUCCAUUUGAUUUUACCCCCACCCCCCGACAUGUGACGCUUCCCUUUUACGUUCGAGUGUGUAUGUUCGACGCAUGCGCUCAGAAAGCUUCUUCGUUCAUCGCCACCAGCGCCAUUUGUGUGUUUAUGUUUUUAAAAAAAAAAAAAAAAAAAAAGAAGAAUUUUGUACAUGUAAAGGCAACUUGGAAGCGGCCGAGCUUUGACCCCCCGUGCGGGCCGACGCACAAACGCGUGCACACUUUGUACUCCUCAUGCAUAAUUUAAAGUUUUCAGCCAGCAGCCUCCAGCACUCUGUCACACGUUUUAACACCCGUAUGGUGUGUGAAUAAAUGGU